UUCGUCCUUGUAAAAAUUUACGGAUAAAUAUCUCAUCCCAAUACAUAUUUUCUGUUUGUGGAUAUCAUUGUGGGUGUCCAUAAAAUUUGGAUCCAUUUUGUCAUCCCUUGUUUAGAAUCUCUAAUUCCAAUAAAUCUUUUCUUCAAGCAUCGUACAAUUCUAGCUGGCACUGCCAGUCUUACCGCACUGUGUUUGAUGAUGAUAAUAUAUAUUAAGGAAGUUUAUUAUUUAGAACCACAACAAAGCCUUCAUGAAUUACAAGUAUAAAGAGGUAGUCUUACUCCUGCUCAGAUCCAUAUUACAUUGUUCUGCCUUUCCUUUGCAACUAGUUCAUUGAAGAGCAACAAAAAUAAUGGCUGAAACAAAGUUGAGCUUUAAGGACAAAAGAUGGUCACUCCAUGGGAUGACUGCUCUAGUCACAGGAGCCACCCGCGGCAUAGGGCAUGCCAUUGUUGAAGAAUUGGCAGAAUUUGGGGCAGCUGUUCAUAUUUGUGCACGGAACCAAGAUGAUAUUGAUAAAUGUUUGGAAGAGUGGAAAAGCAAGGGACUUACUGUGACGAGUUCAGUAUGUGAUUUACAAUGUUCUGACCAACGUAUAAGAUUAAUGGAAAUUCUUUCCUCCAUCUUCCACGGAAAGCUCAAUAUUUUAGUGAACAAUGCUGCGACAACUAUAACAAAGAAAAUAAUAGAUUACACUGCAGAAGAUAUAUCAACCAUAAUGGGUACUAAUUUUGAGUCCGUUUAUCAUUUGACUCAACUUGCACACCCGCUUCUAAAAGAAUCUGGACAAGGAAGCAUAGUAUCUAUUUCGUCCAUUGCAGGUUUAAAAGCCCUUCCCGUUUUCUCUGUUUAUGCAGCUUCCAAAGGAGCCAUGAAUCAAUUCACCAAAAACUUAGCAUUGGAAUGGGCAAAGGAUAAUAUUCGUGCAAAUGCUGUGGCACCUGGACCUGUUAUGACAAAACUUUUGGACUCUAUCAUGAAUUCUUCUGGAGGGGAUGAGUCUGUGGAUGGAAUAGUGUCUCAAACACUUGUUGGUCGCAUGGGAGAAGCUAAAGAGAUAUCAGCAUUAGUUGCUUUUCUUUGCCUUCCAGCUGCAUCAUACAUCACUGGACAGGUUAUAUGUGCUGAUGGGGGUUUCACAACUUAGUUUACUGCUAUUCAUUUGGCUGCUGAAUAAAAUUCUAGUGUUCUUUCUCUACCGUUUGAGUUUCUUCCGACCGAAUCAUGCUUGGUAUAUCGUUGGUUGGAUUUGUCAACUGUUUUUAAACAUUUAGCCAUGUGUUUUUAUUUAGUCCCGUUGUAAGUGUGUCUUUCUGCCAAACUAUUCAACAAGGCAGAAUAAUUGUUAAUAACCUUCUCCCUUAGGUUAUCCUUUUGUGGUGUUAAAAAUGAAACAUCACUUCAUCGUACGUUUGUGGUAAUCCUUCUCCUCAAUAUUGAAUAUAUAUU